AAUUUUUCUCUCUCUAAAACCAACUAUUAUCCUCUUUUCCGGCGAUUUUCCGAUGGAAUCGAACGGUAAGAACGUCGGAGCAGUGACACUGACGCCGCCGAAGUCAAAACAAUCCGGUAAGUCCAAACAGCCGGAGAAUGUAAACCCUAAUGUUACUAGCCCUAAUUCGAAGGGUUCAAAUUCCCCAGCAAUCAAAUCAGCGACUAAAAGCCAGAAAUCGGCGACGAAGAAACCUAAUCAGAUUGGAUCGCCUUCUCCAAGGAACAAGAUUCGUGAGAGGAAAUUUGUGGUGGCGAAGAAAAAUUCGAAGAGAGAGAAGGAUAAAACCCUAAUCUCAGUCGAUUGUAAGUGUAAAGCCGGUGGGAAUUCGAAUAGGUGUUUCUGCGUUGCUUAUGAGACACUUAGGGCUUCUCAGGAGGAGUUCUUCAAGAAUCCGAUUGUGAUGAACCCUAGUUUAGCCGAUAGUGAAGUUGCAGUACAAGAAGAUGAAGAGAAGAAAACCAAUGGAAACCCUAAUUUACCAGAAGCAAAAUCUGAAGAAGAUGAAGUGGUCGAGAAGUCUGGUGAAAAGAGGAAAAGUAUUCCUGAACCUGGAUCUGGAAGAGUGAUGAAUUUGGUUAAGGCCUUCGAGAACAUUCUUACAUUACCGAAAUCGGACGAAAGUGGUGAUAAAGGGCAAGAGGAAGAACAACAACUUGAGGAUGGAACAAAAAGGGAUUCAAAUUGGGAAUUCUCUUCUUCUUCAUUUUUCCCAUCAGAUCUUUUAAUCACUGCAGAAAGUUUAGGGUUGCGUUCACGUGUUUCUUCUUCACUGGAUAGUAGCCAUGGGAGCAUUGCAAACAGGACUUCAGGUGGUGGGAGGCAAAGCAGAAGAAAUAGCGCUGGAUCAUCUUCAAGUUUUGGUGGUAGCAGAUGGAAAAGAAGGACACUUAAGGCUACUGCCCAGCAACCCUUCAAGCUCAGAACAGAGCAAAGAGGAAGGUCAAAGCAAGAAGAGUUCAUGAAGAAAGUCCAGGAGAUGAUGAUUGAGCAGGAAAAGCAACGGAUUCCGAUAGCCCAAGGCCUUCCAUGGACAACAGACGAACCAGAGUGCCUGGUGAAACCGCCUGUCAAAGAAAGUACAAGACCGGUUGAUUUGGUGCUGCACAGUGAUGUGAGAGCGGUGGAGCGGGCCGAGUUCGACCAUCUGGUGCAAGAAAAGCUCUCCUUUAUCGAGCAAUACAAACUGGAAAGAGAAAGACAACAGAAGUUGGAAGAAGAGGAAGAAUUAAGGAGGUUAAGGAAGGAGCUUGUACCAAAGGCUCAACCUAUGCCAUACUUUGAUAGACCUUUCAUCCCAAGAAGGUCAGAAAAGCAGCCAACGAUGCCAAAAGAGCCAAAAUUUCACAACCUUCAGCAUAAGAAGAUCAAGUGCUGCAUGUCUUGGAGUGAUAUGUAUGCUCAGUGACAUAUUAUUCUUUUUCUAUUAAUAAGGAUUUUUUUCAUAUUCUUUGAAUUUGUGUAAAUGAUGCAAUUAAUCUGGUUGCAGUUUUGGGUUAAACAGUUUGUGUCAUUCUCUAAUGAA